UAUACCCAUUCUCGCUGUAUCACCAAAACCAGUGUCAGAAAGGACAAAUGCACAUUUGAUAUCGAUUUGUCUCGCGAUGGAGGUAUCAAGCGGGUCGAGCUUUGGGAUCGAGUCUAUACUUUCUCACAGAUCGACCAGCCCGUGUAUGUCAAAGAGGGAGUGCAGGUCUCCAGCGGAGUUGAGCCCCCGGUCGGAUCUGGACAGCGGCUGUUCGUCGCCUCCCUCCCCGAGACGGUCCUCGGUGGAAGACGCGGUGCAAAGACACGCUCGCGCCCUCGGACUGGACUCUCCUUUACAAAUAUCCCAGCAGCCGCGAACAGUCACGUCCUCGUUCUUGAUCAGAGACAUACUAGCGGACUGCAAACCCCUGGCUGCCUGUGCUCCUUAUUCCAGCACUGGACAGUCAGCACAAGAUAAUGAAGACUGCAUGGACAAACUUCACAGCAAUUCGUCCUCGGACAGUGAAUACAGGGUGAAAGACGAAGCUGAUCGAGAAAUCUCCAGCGGCAGAGACAGCCCCAGCUCCCGGCUGAAGAAGCCUCGGAAAGCGCGCACUGCGUUCUCUGAUCAGCAGCUGGCGCAGCUAGAGCGCAGCUUCGAGCGUCAGAAGUACCUCAGCGUGCAGGACAGGAUGGAGCUGGCAGCGUCCCUCAACCUCACCGACACACAGGUCAAAACAUGGUACCAAAACCGCAGAACGAAGUGGAAAAGGCAGACAACAGUUGGACUGGAGCUCCUCGCGGAAGCAGGGAAUUACUCAGCUCUACAAAGAAUGUUCCCAUCACCCUAUUUUUACCCUCAAAGUUUGGUGUCUAACCUCGACCCGGGACCAGGGUUGUAUCUGUACAGAGGGCCGUCCGCGCCUCCACCACCGGUUCAGCGGCCUCUGGUCCCGAGGAUCCUCCUGCACGGUCUUCAGGGCGGCGGAGACCCAGCGUCUCUCCCUGGAAUCAUACCGCGACAUACGCCGCGAUGAACUGAUCCAGCCUGACAAAAAACUCCAACCUCAGGAACGACAGGGUUGCGCUUGGACAAUACCCAUGUAUACUGAACAUAUAAACGCGCAAUAAUAGACUUUCCAAA